GGGACGAGGGGCGGGGCCGAGGCGGACGACGGCGUGGGGCUGCCACACGUGGGAGGGCGCUGGCCCGGCUGCCCGCUGCUGUGGCCCGGGCUGUGGCGUCCCGGCCUAGGCCGACCCGCGGCUGCCCGGCGCCGGGACUCCGCCGUCGGCCUCCCCCAACCCCAAAGCCAAGGACGCCGCUCCUGCCGCUGCCGGCCUCGCGGCGCGCCCAUGAUCGCCCGGUGCUUUUCGGCUGUGCGAGGCCUCCACAGGGUUGGUGGUUCCAGGAUUCUAUUCAAAAUGACAUUAGGAAGAGAAGUGAUGUCACCUCUUCAGGCAGUUUCUUCCUAUACUGCAGCUGGCAGGAAUGUUUUAAGAUGGGAUCUUUCACCAGAGCAAAUCAAGACAAGAACUGAGGAGCUCAUUGCGCAGACCAAGCAGGUGUACGAUUCUGUUGGAAUGCUGGAUAUCAAGGACGUGACUUACGAGAACUGCUUGCAGGCGCUGGCAGAUGUGGAAGUGAAGUACAUAGUGGAAAGAACCAUGCUAGACUUUCCUCAGCAUGUUUCUACUGACAGAGAAGUACGGGCAGCAAGUACAGAAGCGGACAAGAGGCUUUCUCGCUUUGAUAUUGAGAUGAGCAUGAGAGAAGAUAUAUUUCAGAGAAUCGUUCACUUACAGGAAACCUGUGAUCUGGAGAAGAUAAAGCCGGAAGCCAGACGAUACUUGGAAAAGUCAGUUAAAAUGGGAAGAAGGAAUGGGCUCCACCUUCCAGAAGAAGUACAGAAUGAAAUCAAAUCAAUGAAGAAAAGAAUGAGUGAGCUCUGUAUUGACUUUAACAAAAACCUCAAUGAGGAUGAUACCUUCCUUGUGUUUUCCAAGGCUGAGCUUGGUGCUCUUCCUGAUGAUUUCAUUGACAGUUUAGAAAAGAUGGAUGAUGACAAGUAUAAAAUUACCUUAAAAUAUCCACACUAUUUUCCUGUCAUGAAGAAAUGUUGUAUUCCUGAAACCAGAAGGAGAAUGGAAAUGGCUUUUAAUACAAGAUGCAAAGAGGAAAACACCGUCAUUCUGCAGCAGCUACUCCCACUGCGGGCCCAAGUGGCCAAACUCCUGGGCUAUAGCACACAUGCUGACUUCGUCCUCGAGAUGAACACUGCAAAGAGCACAAGCCGAGUAACAGCCUUUCUAGACGAUUUAAGCCAGAAAUUAAAACCGCUGGGUGAGGCAGAACGAGAGUUUAUCUUGAGUUUGAAGAAAAAGGAAUGCGAAGAGAAAGGUUUUGAGUAUGACGGGAAAAUCAAUGCCUGGGACCUGCAUUACUACAUGACUCAGACAGAAGAGCUCAAGUACUCCAUCGACCAGGAGUUCAUCAAGGAGUACUUCCCGAUUGAGGUGGUCACCGAGGGCCUGCUGAACAUCUACCAGGAGUUGCUGGGACUUUCAUUCGAGCAAGUGGCCGACGCUCAUGUUUGGAACCCGAGUGUCACACUUUACACUGUGAAGGACAAGGCUACAGGAGAAGUGCUGGGGCAGUUCUACCUGGACCUCUAUCCGAGGGAAGGAAAAUAUAAUCAUGCAGCCUGCUUUGGUCUCCAGCCUGGCUGCCUGCUGCCCGAUGGGAGCCGGAUGCUGUCUGUGGCUGCCCUCGUGGUGAACUUCUCCCAGCCAGUGGCCGGCCGGCCCUCUCUGCUGAGGCACGAUGAAGUGAGGACUUACUUCCAUGAGUUUGGUCAUGUCAUGCAUCAGAUUUGUGCACAGACUGAUUUUGCACGAUUUAGUGGAACAAAUGUGGAAACUGACUUUGUAGAGGUGCCUUCACAAAUGCUUGAGAACUGGGUGUGGGACAUCGACUCUCUCCGAAGAUUGUCAAAACAUUAUAAAGAUGGAAACCCUAUUGCAGAUGAUCUUCUUGAAAAACUUGUUGCUUCUAGACUGGUCAACACAGGUCUUCUGACCCUUCGCCAGAUCGUUUUGAGCAAAGUUGACCAGUCUCUGCAUACCAACUCAUCCCUGGACGCUGCAAGUGAAUAUGCCAGGUACUGCACCGACAUUUUAGGUGUUGCCGCUACUCCUGGAACAAACAUGCCAGCUACUUUUGGGCAUUUGGCAGGGGGAUACGAUGGCCAGUAUUAUGGAUAUCUUUGGAGUGAAGUGUUUUCCAUGGACAUGUUUUACAGCUGCUUUAAAAAAGAAGGAAUAAUGAAUCCAGAGGUUGGAAUGAAAUACAGAAACCUAAUCCUGAGACCUGGGGGAUCUCUGGACGGCAUGGACAUGCUCCAAAAUUUCUUGCAACGUGAGCCAAACCAGAAAGCGUUCCUAAUGAGCCGGGGCCUGCAGGCUCCCUGAGCGGAGGACCUUUGGUCGCAGCCCCUGUCUGGAGGACAAGCCGGCGUCGCCAUGUGUCACUGGCCUGGAAGCUGAAGGGAGUUUUGCAAAUGAAAAUUUAGAUUUCUAUUGACUUCCUUUUGCUUUUUAAUUUUAAAAAUUAUCCAGAUGUAAAUGGAAUUAUAAAUACUGUGACCUAAGAAAAGACCCACUGGCAAAUAAUUGUACUAUAAAAUUUCAUAAAAAUGGAUUUGAUUUCUUUUUAUAAAAGUUUCAUAUGAAUAUAAUUUGAUUUUUUACUAUUAUGAUCUAGAUAAUAUAAUGUAAGAGGGCUAAGAAUUUUGAAAUUGAAUCACAUACAUGCUAUAAUUUGAUCCUUCUUCUAUCUUGAAGUUUUGUACUUGGGAUUUCUGGACCCAUAAAUGAAUCAUCACAUUCCUGUGGCCGAUGUUUCCUUGGAACCCUGCAUCAGCUUUGAUCCUGUGUCUCACAGUGAGGGGUGACCCCUUUGCCUACAUACCUCAAGGCCAAGGCAGUGUGCCUCAGUAAAGACUGCAGGCUUUCUACCACACUUCAGUUAUAGUCCUCCAUCUGGGUUUGUCUUCACUUUAUAAAGUCCAGUUGGAGAGUCUGAAAGCCUUUGAAGCUAUAACUGCACUUCCCCGAUGUCUAUCACAGGCUUUGAUAGCUUGUGUUAGAGGAUUUUGUGUCUUGCGUUAGGGUCUCAUUUCCGUUACAGCAUGCCACGCUGUGAGUAUGCGGGGUUACUUGCCACUUAGAACACCCUGCAAGUCCCAGCGUACCUUUCCCUCCCCGUGUUUCUCAGGAGCAGAAGGACUCUGCCCGCUUUCCUCACCACUUGCCCAGAGUGGCAGGUGCACACGCACAAAUGGCUAUUUCAAGUGCCGCAGGGAGAGAGCCACGGGGAGGUGGAGCAAGAAGAGUUCAGGAACUCAAGAGGAGCAGUGGGUUCAGGACAGAGGUACUCAAGGACCGCACCUCCGGAGGUUAGGUGCAGCCUUCACCCCACCACUCGGGGCAGGAGGCCUCGGCCCCCUGUUCUGUCUGCUGAGCCCUCGGGUCUGUCUUUUACUGGGGCCUGAACUCCACCUUUUUCUCUAGGAAUCUACUCAAUGAGGAAACCAAGCUGGAGAAGUUUAAAAAAAUAAAUAAAUAAAGUGGACUUUGAACAAAUGCCGCAUGGGUGUUGAAGUUACUUCCCACUGCAUACCUGAGCUAUGACUUUGCUGGCCAGGGACAGAAUUCGAACCUUUCUGUAGUCUAGUUCAAAUGGACUUUGUGCUAAAUGAAACAUUUAUUAUGUUGCAUAAUAAAAGAAUAGACAACAGGAAAUCAAGAGCCAUAGCAACACAGACGGAAAUUCUAAGAUUAUUAGUGCCAAGCAAAUACCUUCAACAUCCACAUGAAAUGCCACACUGUGAGAUAAUUUGCCUGGCCCCUCCUCACCCCACACCACCUCCUGUGGUCCCCAAGGCUGUUUUUGUGGUCUCAGCAACCUGGAAAUCUGUUUAUCUGUUUUCCCCUAGACUCUUCGGUUGUCUACUUUCAGAUUAAAAAAAAAAAAAAAAAACUCUCUUCAGCUAUUUCUACUGCCCAAUGUGUCUUUUUAACAAUAACUUUACCAUUUUAAACCUUAAUGUCUUUCACAUGGAAAAACUAAUAAUGAUUUGUGUGGAAAAGGCUACAGACAAUAAAGUUGUAUUAUUACCAUGA